AUGUCCAGAUCUCAAUCUUUAACUCUAGAGCUUCAGUCAAUUCGUGACGGUCAAGCUUCCAUCGAACAUCAAAUUGAUAUCCACGGUAACGUUUCCGUUCGCAUUAACGAAAAUUCGCAGUUGUCGCUUGAGGAUGUAUUGGCUGGCUUGAGAUAUGUCAUGGACUAUCGUCUCAAGGGUGGACGACUGCAAAACCUGAACUAUGAAUUAAUGAAAAGACUGUGUGAUGGUCUAUUGCUGAACAUGUCUUCCACAGAGGGUGGCCUACUCAAGAAAAAAAUGACGCCGUCCGCCGACCAGACAUUUAUCUUGUUCGGCGAAUUCCUUGAAGAAGUGGAGGAAUUUCGCCUGGCUGUGGGCGAAAAGAAUGUGUCAGAUCUUUAUCAUGCAUUGAAACUCCAUCGCAGGUGCCGCAAGGAUGCAGAUCAAGAAGUAAAAAGGGCCGCGGCUAGAAUAAUACGUAUGCUAACGGAAUGGUUUCCACAUUUUUCUGAUUGGCGCGAAUUGGUGAAAGAUGACGAACAGGGUGAUGUCGAGAAAGUGAUAAAAGAAUUUGAGAAAUCAGAAAGCCCGAGCAUGCCUCCACGUGUUGCUCUCCCCCCUCCAUCAUUGUAUUUUGAUCGCGACGUCACACGUUUGCUCAAAAUGUUUCGCACCUCUUUAUCCGACGGACUCAGCACCUCAAGUGUCCAAUUGUUAUUUGACCACUACGGUCCAAAUAAAAUUCCGGAACCACCCAAACCGUCUAUUCUAAACAUGAUACUCAACCAAUUGAAGGAUUUCAUGGUCUUAAUUUUAUUGGCCGCCACAGUUGUUACUGCGGCAGAAUCUGAUUUCAAAGGAAUGAGCGUACUUCUUGUCGUCAUCGUACUUAACACCAUCAUUGGAUUUACCCAAGAAUACAAAGCUACCAAGGCCCUAGAGGCAUUGCAAAAGCUAUCGGUUCCGAAGGCAAAAGUAAUUCGAGAUGGUCAACAAGUAGAUAUCGAUUCAUCUCAACUUGUUCCAGGCGAUAUCGUUGUCUUGGAAGAAGGUGAGGCUGUUCCUGCGGAUGUGAGAAUUGUAGAGAAUUCGCACCUCGAGGUGAUCGAGUCAGCCCUUACCGGCGAGAGUCUUCCGGUGUCGAAAAACGUGAAAAAGAUUUGGACAAGGACGAGAAAGCUUCCACUGUGUGAUUGCAAAGGCAAUGCAUUUAUGUCAACCGUAGUUUUCAAGGGUCGAGGUAAAGGACUUGUGGUUAGAACUGGCAGUGACACCGAGAUUGGCAAAAUUAGCGCGGCCAUAUCUUCGGCCAAACCGGUCACGACACCAAUUCAACGAAAAUUGGCAAAGCUUGGAAAAUUUCUCGUCAUACUUGCGAUUUUGCUAUGCAUUCUGGUCGUGAUCAUCGGAAUCGUGUAUAAACAUAGUACAAAGGACAUGAUUUCUAUUGGCAUGAGUCUGGCAGUGUCGGUCAUUCCGGAAGGAUUGGUGGCGGUAACCACAGUGACAAUGGCUGUAGGUGUUCGUCGUAUGGCGAGACGUAAUGCCAUUGUGAGAACCUUGCCAACUGUAGAAACGUUGGGGAGCGUAACUGUGAUUUGCUCGGAUAAGACCGGCACAUUAACCGAAGGGAAGAUGGGACCGAGUGAACUUUGGACAGCCGACGACACAAUCUACUCAUUCACUGACCCAACAUCUUUGGAUCCGAACGAGGGUAAGAUAGUGACUUAUCCUCGAGAUUAUUAUCGUCAGAGAACUUUCAAAACACGCUCACAGCACUCGAUAUUGAAAACUGAGAAGACGGAUUCCCUAACAUUCCAGCCCCAAGAAGUUUUACGGAAUCCGACGGAUGCACCGGCGCAUUUGGUAGCGGCAAUGUUGAUUUCAUCAUUGUGUAAUAAUUCUUCGAUCAUAAAAAAAGAUGAAACGGAAAAUGAGUGGAAAGGAAUAGGCGAUCCGACCGAGGUAGCCUUGGUGCUCGCAGCUCAAAAGGGAGGAUUCUCAAAAAGUUAUUGGGAGAAAGAAUGCGGUUUUACCAAAGUUUACGAGAAACCCUUUGACAGCGAACGUAAACUUAUGAGCGUAGUGUAUCAAAACAUGUCGGAACAUUUCAAGCAAAUAAAUUUUGUUUUGGUUAAAGGUGCUCCCGAAGAAUUGCUCGGCAAGUGCACGCAUUAUCUACCUAAUGUAACGAAAUCGGAAAAGGUUGUGCCGUUUGAUGUGAUUCUUGGUGAGAAGGGGGGCUUCGAACCAUGUGACUUAACAGAUGAAUUCGUUGACAAAGUAUCGGAGCAAAGCUCGAGAAUGGCGUCACAAGGUUUAAGGGUUCUUGGGUUGGCAUUCAAAUUAGCUUACGAAAAGGAGUUCCCCUUUUUCUCUUCUGAUGCAGAUGAAAAGGUUGAGAGUCGUACAGAGGAAACAGACACUACACCCGAGUCGCCAUCAACGAACCCACUGUUUGCGGAAAAGGAUUUAACAUUUGUCGGAUUGAUUGGGUUAAUAGAUCCACCGAAGAAAUCUGUCGCGGAAUCAGUUCGAAGAUGUAAGGAAGCGGGAAUUCGUGUCUUCAUGAUUACUGGUGAUCAUGCCGCCACGGCAACUGCGAUUUCUACUGAGAUUGGUAUAAUAGAACCGGAAGUACCACACAUGAACCGAGUGAUUCGUGGUGCCGAACUCGAUCUUCUUUCGGAAGACGCCAUCAUGCAGUUGGAUCCGUUCCCCAAUGUUUUUGCGCGAGUCAGCCCAGACAAUAAACUGAAGAUAGUUGAAGCUUUACAAAAUCUCGGUAACUCGGUUGCUAUGACCGGAGAUGGUGUUAACGACGCACCGGCGAUUAAAGCCGCCGAUGUCGGUGUAGCGAUGGGAAUUAGCGGCACUGAGAUCACCAAACAAGCUGCAGACAUAGUUCUUGCUGAUGAUGAUUUCUCAACUAUAGUGGCAGCGGUCGAGGAAGGACGACAAGUGUUUGAUAAUAUCCUCAAAUUUAUUGUAUAUCUCCUAAGUUGUAAUGGAGCCGAGAUUGUUCUGAUGUUGCUUUGUGCAAUCAUCAACGUAGACUUGCCUUUUACAACUAUCAUGAUUCUGUUUGCCAACAUCAUUGCUGACGUACCACCUGCAAUAUCGCUUGGCAUUGAACCGGCAGAAGGUGAUCUCAUGAAACGAAAACCACGCGACCCAGGAUCUGGUGUGCUAAACGCAUAUACGGCGUCAAUUCUCAUCAUGCAGACGUUUGUGAUGGCACUGGCAACAUUUGGCCUGUAUGAGAUCGCACUAAAAGUUGAGAAGAUAUCAUUGGAAGACUCCAGAUCAUUGGCAUUUGCCACGUUGACUACCAUGCAAUUGUUUCAAGGUUUCCUGUCCAGGACGUUAAAUGAGAGUGUAUUUAGGACAAGUUUUUUUGGAAAUAAGUGGAUGAUUGGCAGCGUUAUUGGAUCGUUCAUCACGCUGAUAAUUGGUAUCUAUGUGCCAGGUGAGAAUUCGUUUUCUAUGGGAUCCACAAAUCCACAACAUUUAACCGAUUACUAUGCGAUUACUAUUAGGGGUUAG